GAUGACGACGUGUGAAGAAUUUGAUUGUAAUUUUUCCACUACAAUUUACCAGCGCCCGUAUUUUUCGGGCCAAAAGUUUAUUAUUCUGUGCAACUUACUCGUUAAAUUUCGUGCAAAAUGAGCACUACCGAGGAAGAACCGGACACAAAGAAGGACCACAUCAAUAAAAUUGUGCUGUCGGAUGAAGUGCAGCAAGCAAUCGAACAGGUUUUGCAGAGUUCCGACCCUUUGGACCAUCCCGACUUUGAUCCCACGGAUUACGUGAACCAGCUGUUUCCGAACGAGCAGUCGCUGUCCAAUAUUGACGAUGUGAUUGCAAAAAUGGAGUAUGAUAUAAGCCUGAUUGACGAUAAUAUCCGGAGCGUGGUUCGGGGGCAGGUGAAUACCGGUGAGAACGGAAGAGCCGCCCUUAAGGAAGCCCAGCAAUCAAUUAGUCAACUGUUCGGCCUGAUCACGGAUAUCAAAUCCCGUGCGGAAAAGACCGAGGACAUGGUCAAGGAAAUUACGAGGGACAUCAAGCAGCUGGACUCGGCCAAGAAUAACCUGACGUACGCUAUAACGACCCUGAACCAUUUGCACAUGUUGGUCGGCGGAGUGGAGAAUCUGAAACAAUUGGCCGAACGCCGUCAGUACGGGGAGAUUCUGAACCCUCUGCAGGCCAUCAUCGAGGUCAAUCAGCACUUUCAGCAGUACUCGGAAAUCACGCAGAUUCAAACGUUGUCCUCGCAAGUUCAGCAAAUCCAAAGCGAGCUGGCCACUCAGAUUACGGAGGAUUUCAAAAAUUUCUUCUCUCCGGUCUCGGGAGGGCAACCGAGUGCCAAUAGGAUGACCAUUACCCAGCUGAAGGAUGCGUGCCAGGUGGCGUCGGUGCUGGACAAGCCGGUCAAGAAAAAUAUUCUCAAGUGGUACAUCAAUUUACAAUUGCAGGAAUACGUGCAGCUGUUUCACGAGAACCAGGACAUUGCUUGGUUGGACAAGAUCGACAAACGGUACGCGUGGGUGAAGCGCCAUUUGCUGGACUUCGAAGAGAAGUACGGAACCAUUUUCCCGCUGGAUUGGGAGCUCUCCGAGAGAAUCACGGUGCAGUUCUGUUCCAUCACCCGGGAGGAACUGACCAAGAUCAUGUCUCGUCGGAGGACCGAAAUUGACGUUAAGUUGUUACUGUUUGCCAUUCAAAAGACCGCAGCCUUCGAGCAGCUGCUGGACAAACGCUUCAUCGGGGCGACGCUGGGAGAGACGAAACCGGCGGAAGUUGCCGCCAGCGAGAAGCCCUCGUUUAUGGACUUGAUCGGGGUGUGCUUCAAGCCUUACCUGGAUAUCUACACGGAUAGCAUCGAUCGGAGUUUGGGGGAGCUGAUUGACCAAUUUGCUCAGCAAAAUCAGCAGCAAAUUACUCCCAAGGAUGGGAACGCGUCCGUGUUUCCAAACUGUGCUGAGCUGUUCGUAUUCUACAAGAAAUGUAUGGUCCAGUGCACGCAGCUGAGCAACGAGAAGCCGAUGUACGAUUUGACGCUUAUCUUCAAAAAGUACCUCCGGGAGUAUUCCAGCAAGGUGCUGGAAGCGAGGAUACCUAAGCUACAGCAAUCUAGCUCAGCGACUUCGAUCAGCAAUAGCAUGUCUUUGCUGACGAAGGAUCUGCAGAAUCUCUCCACGGCGGCUGGGCAGGUUAUUCACAAUUUCUUGAAGGAAGGCGAAGCGCCAAGGUUCACCAUGGAUGAUAUUCGGAAGAUUUGUUACGUCCUCGCGACGGCCGAGUACUGUUUGGAAACGGUUCAACAGCUAGAAGACAAGCUCAAGGAGAAGAUCGAGAAGAGCUAUGUCAGUCGAGUUGAUCUCUCGGACGAAAAAGAUGUCUUUCAUCGAAUCAUAUCCAACUGCAUUCAACUCCUGGUGCAGGAUUUGGACACCGGCUGUGAGCAGUCUCUCACCAUGAUGACCAAGAUGUCCUGGCACAACAUCAGCAACGUGGGCGAUCAAAGCAGUUUUGUCAAUCAGAUUGUUAUCAAUUUGAAACAGUCGGUUCCGGUGAUCCGGGACAAUCUGGCCUCCAGCAGAAAGUAUUACACACAGUUCUGCCACAAAUUCGUCAACUCGUUCAUUCCAAAGUACAUCAACACGUUGUACAAGCUGCGACCUACCACUUCGGGUUCGGGUUCGUCCUCUGGCUCGAUGGUGAAUAGUGCAUCCGGUUCAAGUCUUUCCGAAGGCGCAAACAAUCCUUCGAGUAACCCAGCCGGUAACAUUCUUGGUUGCGAGCAACUUCUCCUGGACACCCACAGCUUGAAAACGGUACUCAUGGAUCUGCCAUCGAUCGGGUCCCAAGUGCAGCGGAAGCCUCCGGCAAGCUACACCAAAGUGGUGGUCAAGGGUAUGGCCAAGGCGGAAAUGAUCAUCAAGGUGGUGAUGCAACCGAUCUAUCCGUCCACGCUUUACAUCGAACAGUACUUAAAACUGCUGCCCGAAAGCAGCGUGGUUGAGUUCCACAAAAUUCUAGAAAUGAAAAGCGUGAAGAAGAUUGAACAGCAGCAGCUGGUGGAACUGUACAAGCGAUCGUGUCCGCAGCAGACGGUACAAAGCUCCGGCGCGGGAGACGGACAUAUGGUAGCGGCAAGUGGCAAUGCGGGGGGAGGAGACGCUCCGCUAAGUCAGUCGCAACAGGCCGCGGCCUUGGCUGCGACUGCUAUCAGCGGAGCCGGGUCCAGUAUUAUCGCAUUGGGUGAUUCCCUGAUGGACAAGGGUAGGAUAAAGAAGAUCGAGAACUUGAUCAAGAAUCGGUUACCCAAUUAGGGUUACACAAAGGGCUAAUCAGUUUUAGAGAAAACUUGGACAAACUAGGAACAACGUUGCGAAUAAAUUUGACGUUUAUCAUAA